CGCUCCCGGCAACUUCAUCCUUUCAUCGCUCCCAAAAAGAAUCCGCCACCGCCGGUGCGUAAAGUGCGAGGAGGUGUGGCUCGGUUUGGAUGACAUCAGCCUCCUCCUGCAGAAUAUGUGCGCGCAGCGGGAGUCAGAUCGACUCAGUUCGGCUCCGGCAGGACCAAGGAGCCUGCAGCCACCAUGAAGCCCGGAGCCCGGAGCUGAUCCCGGACUUAGUCCUGCCUGGAGACCCGGAGCUCUGCUGGGGAUCUGUGGCGAUCGGAACCAGACAGGGGGGAUGGAUCCCUCCCGCUGGCUCCUGCUUUUUUUCUCUCUGGCGCUCUGGAUCCAGGACGGGAUGUGCCAACACCUGAACCACUUCAUCCGCCCCAUCCCCAGCGACUCUCUGCCCGUGGAGGUCCUGAAGGAGGAACCGGACCCGCAGCUGGACCCGAAGGAGAAGGACCUGAACGGGACGGAGCUCCGGAGCCUCCUGGGGAGCCACUUCAACCCGGACUUCAUGUCCGUGUCCCCGCCGGAGGACCUCUACGAGGACGACCCGGAUCAGAGCCCGAAGCUCACCGGACCGAUGCCGAAAGAGAUCCGAGCCCUGGAGCUGGAGGUGCUGUUCGGCAAGAAGCAGAAGGCGAACCGGAAGCUGCGCAGGAUGCUCUGGGCCUACACGCUGUGUCCGGUGGUUUACGCGUGGACCGAACUGGGCUGGCGAUUCUGGCCGCGCUACCUGAAGGUGGGCAGCUGCUACAGCAAGCGGUCCUGCUCGGUUCCGGAGGGGAUGACGUGCAAACCGGCCAAAGCGACUCACUUGACUUUCCUGAGGUGGCACUGCCCGCAGAAAAAGGUUCCGCAGAGGUGCGCCUGGAUCCACAUCCAGUACCCGGUCGUGUCCGAGUGCAAGUGCUCCUGUCCGAACUGAGGAGAACCGGCUCCGGAUCCGCAGAACUGUUCAAAAAUCUCAGAGGAGAAUCGCUUUCUCCGUCUUCAGAUUGCUGCAUUACUUCGGGACUAAACUUUAUAAAUGAUGGUCAGUUUUUUGGUUUUUUUUUUUUUUAUAUAUAAUCUUUGCUCUACUGUAUUAAUAUAAAUCAUCUGUGUCUGUCUCUUAUUUAUAAGACUGAGUUAAACUUCAGUUUUCAGGAAAAUUGUCUCGAUGAAUUUGCAGAAUUUGCCGCAAGAAGUUCAAAGCUUGGAAUGAAUCAUAUAAUUCCAGUUUGAAUCCAAAGGCGACCGGGUUUGAAACUGGAACGUUCUUCCACUGCGGGGUCAGAUGAUGGUCAGAAACUAAUUAUUUAUCACCAGGCUUUAUUUGCGAUUGGAUUAUUGAACUGUUCAUGAUCACGCUAUUGCAACACCUGGUUCCACAACAAAGUUCCCAUUUAGUUUGAAAUGGACAAAACUCAUGCGAAUCAAAAUUGGAAUGAAAUAUUUUUGAUAACGUUUGAUCUAUUCUGGCAAAACUGUGGUGUUUUAAAUGCCAUAAAAGAGAUGACAAUCCCCUAUUUUUAUGAGGGGAGUGAAAUACAUAAAAUGACUUUUAGAGAGAAAUGUGAAUUGUUUACAGUACUCCACAUUUUUACAAUAAAUUCAUAGAAUCUUGAUAUUUGUACAAAAAAAAGAGAGACACGUUUCUGUCAUUUAAUUUGUAAAAUAUCCAAAAUUCAGAUUUCUUCAAUAAAUGUUUUUAUAACUAUCAGUUGGAAAGUUGUCUGUUUUUAGCGUUGAUGCCCAUCAUUUCUAAUACAAGUGACUUAAAUGUCAUUUAGAACACAAUAUCUCUGUGUCUCUAAAAGAAAACAUGCCAUUUUCUCCUCUACAGUUGUGGCUUUACAAAGUGAUAUGUUGGUUUGAAUUUGACACCAAGCAGGACUUAAACAUCGUGGGGGAAGAUAAGAGAAGCGUGAACCAUAACAAACAAAAUCAUUUUUUAAAAUUUGAAACCAAUAACGUUUUACCCUCCAGACCUUCCUUUCUGUGAUUUUCCUUUUGGUGUACCUAUUUCCAAUUUCCUGAACUUGCGAAUAACACCGAUACAAUAUAAAAAUGUGUUGUCAUGGAUACAACAGUUGUGCUUUCUUUCUUUUUUUUUUCUUCUUCUUCUUCUUCUUGUUUUCGGGAGUUUUCCAGGCUCAAAUUCCCCCAGACCUUUUGCUGUGAAUUGUUGGCAGUAGAUUAUG